UCUGUGUGGGUGUGGAUGAGCAAUCAUCUCCAGUGGGGCGUGGCCUGUACCUGUAUAAAUGAAAUCAUGUCUGGAAUGUCAUAUAUUGCACUAACCAACACAAAGACAGCACAAACAAAAAGAACUUGCCAUGCAGAACUCAGUAGCACAAUGCUUUCUCCUUUCUCUUGGGGCUGUUAUUUUUAGCUCUUGUCUGAGAGAAUCUACAGCUCAAUUGGAGCAUGUGGAAAUGUACAAAGGCCUGCAGCUUGAGGCUCUGAAGAGCAUUAUUCUGGAGUACCUGGGGAUGGACGCACCACCUGGGCCUGGUGGAAGAGCUCGUCAUCAGGACCUGGUCAGGAUGUACCGUCAUUAUAGGAGAAUAAGAUUCUUGCUCAAAGGCAAUUCCAGUAAAGAAGAGGAGCUUCAGCCUGGAGGAAGAGCCUCUACGGUGCUCUUUCCCACAACAGUACAGCCUCUGAAUUCUACCAUGGAUUCAAGGCAGCAGUGGUUUAGAGCUGCUUUCUACAAAAACUCAGGCAUUAAAACUGGAGUCAACCUUAAACAUGCAAGGCUGCAAAUCAAGAGACCACACAAGGACAAAAAUACACUGGGCAUGCCGUGGCUUUCAAAAGACAUUGUGGUUAUAAUGUAUAAAUCUCCUGGUUUUCAUACGGAGACAGUAUUUCACACUGGGGUCUUGAGCUCUCGGGAUGUUAUGUUGGAUUUGACAGUUGCCGUUAAGAAGUGGCUUAUGGACAGCAGUGCUGAGCUUUUAGUUGUUGAAAUCUGCCUCCUUAAAAAACAAGAAGCGAGUACACAAUCCAUGCCUCAGCUUGCUUUACAACUUGACCAAGCAGUGAGGAGAAGAAACAGAAGAGCUCUGUUUACCAGAGAGGAAAGUGUUGAGGAUGAAGCUCACUGCAGGCGAAAGUCAUUAAAUGUUUCCUUCAAAGACAUCGGCUGGUCAGACUGGGUUAUCGCUCCCUUGGGCUACACUAUGCACUACUGUGAUGGUUCCUGCCCACAUAAUUAUAAACCUGCCAGUAUGCAUACGCAGGUGAAGUCUCGUCUGCAUCUCUUGUCCAAGGGAACGACACCCGGUCCUUGCUGUGUACCAGCUGCAUAUGAGCCAAUGGUUCUCAUGCACUAUGACAGUCGUGGAAAGUUAAAGCUCACGCCCUUCAACGAUUUGAUAGUUAGUAAAUGCCAUUGUGCAUGAACACUGACACGUGUUUUUUUUUUAAAGAGACUAUUAUCUACUGAACAUUAUAUUCUCAAAAGAGAAGAUGAUAAAUAGGCAAAAUAUCUAACCGAUAUAAUGCAAAUCAAUGCUCUGACGCUCAUUUGGUUACAUUCCUUUGGUUUCAAAAAUAGUUUGGCUUCUUAAGGAAACAAGAUACCUGUUUUUCUACAUGCACUGACAUGUUGAUGGUACUGUAUUUUCAGAUGAUUGACUUGCUGGAAUUUCAAGUUAUUUAUUGUAGCCUAAUUUAUUUAAAAUGUUUUUGUUCUUGUCUGUUGCUGUGUUGUGAAUGAAUCAAGAAAGCUUUUGUAUUUUGGAAAGAAUGUUAAUAAAGUUGCUUUAUGGAAAAAAAUCAUAUAAUUUCAGUAUCAAUAAUUAAUGUGUGAAUCACUGAUCACAUUUCAAAAAAGAUGAUUCAACAUCUUUCAGUAUAAUAUGAAAAUCCUCAUAUACAGUAUUUUGUGAAACUAAAACUGAGCUUUUUCGAAAACUCUGGAUGUUGUUAAAAAAAUUUGGAUCCAUGUUAAUAUAAACGGGGAGAAGGCCAGCAGAAUGAAUCA